AUGACGUCUGCUAUUUCUCCUUUGAGAAACAGCGUGGUUGAGCUUCCAUGGAAAGCACUUAUUGCUGCUGCUCAACCGUAUCAGACACUCUCAGGGCCUGCACUCUCUGUGAAUUUUCUCCAACAGCCAAAUCUCUUGCCAUUCCAGCGCCUACCUUUUCACCACAGUGGUGUCUAUGGUCGCUACUUUCAUUCACUUUUACACAGUCUUGCAGAGUUUGCGACAACGCCGAGGCCAGUGCGGAAUAGCCAUGUAAAGAUGUUACACGCACCAAAGGAAGACUUUUGGAAAUCAGUGGGAGUUCUUAAUAGUGUGUACCACACAACAUACACUCCAUUCGUUCACCAACACCCGGUAAUGGGAGCUGUAGAGUUGACAUCACCAUCGCACCGAAGAAAGAAGGAUGUGCGUUUAUCACUUUACAACAGCACUCACCAACCCAUCGCCACCAUGAUUGCCACAGGCUCGUCAAGCGACGUAUACGUUGAAGAAGAAGAGAAAAACAUCGAAGUUCCUCUACCUCAUUGUGACCUGGAUGAAACAGUACCGGCUGCUGAAGUUGUUUCUAGUAUAAAAAGACUGAUGGAUGGGUCUAUUAUGCAGCAGAUUUUAUUCAAGAACAAAGUCGAUCAAGGUGUAGGUGGAGAUGUGGUUCCGCCAUGGCGGAUUGAUGGUUGUGUUGCCGAAUUUUGCCAAAUGUUGGCGUUAAAUGAAUUCUUGGCGCCACAUGUUUCCAGUAAAGAUUCUCAUAUGUGGACAAUCGCUGCUCAGCAAACAGUGUCUUACGGUGAGCUUUUCCUAGAUGAACCUGUCGAUCUCGUUAGCGCUUCUCCACGCGUCUUCGCGCAGUACCGCAUGCCACCUUGGCGUCACCGCAUCGGUCUGCCACUGUUUAGCAUUGACGUACAACCUCUGUGUGUGGCUCUGCGUCUGGAGGUGCGGCAGCAUGGGACAACCAAAAUAACAGGAACGUACUUUCUUGUGGAUGUUGCAGCACAUUUGUAG